CACACUUCCGGUGUUUCAGCAGGGGAUAAAACUGAAAUGUGAUUCUCGUGUUUGUUUGUUAUUUUACUUUUUGGAAACAUGUUUCAUUUAUAAUUCUUGUGAACAUUGAACCUAAAGCAGUAAUCUUUCCCUGGGGUGUCGUUAGACUCGACACACGUGAUCAUUUUGACGGUUUUCGUGCCUUUAACCUUCAGAUUUUCAACAUGUCAGGCAUCUGUCGCAGUUUCAGCUUUCUGUCGGUCAAAACGCUGAAUGACGUGGCUCUGUCACCGUGCGGCUGGUAUUUGUCCGCACGAAGCAAAUUCUGCAAGGCGAAGGUUUCAAAAGAGAUUUUUGAAGAACGGUCAAAAGAGCACGAGAAGUACGGCGGGGAUCCGGAACAACCUCACAAGCUGCACAUCGUGACCCGGGUGAAGAGCGUGAAGCGACGGCCGUACUGGGAGAAGGACAUGGUGAAAAGCCUCGGCCUCCAGAAGGCCCACGACCCCGUAAUCCACAAAAACACCCCGGCCGUCAACAGUCAACUCAAAUUUGUCAAGCACCUCGUGAGGAUCCAGCCUCUCAAGACGCCCUACGGCCUCCCAGCCGAGCAGGACAUGGCGGAAACUUACAUCAACAGCAAAGGAGAGCUGAUCGUACGGCGUCUCCUCCAACCGGCCGAGCAGAAGGCCCUGGACUCUUAGCUCCGCCUCGUCCCUCAAAACAUCAACUCGUUAAUAAAACCCUCUGAAAAACCCAA